GGCAGCGAUCGCAGCAGAUCCCGUGUCGUCCCGGUAGGGUUGGCUGGAGGAGGUCGGCAUCACUCAUCCGUGUGUCCGCAGCCAUCCCACCUCAUCCCGAUCCCGCUGUGAAGGAGAUGACACAGCGCUCCGAUGGCUUUGUGUGCUCUGUCCCAUGCCAUAAUCUGCGGAGGCAAUGGAAGGUUCAUGGAUCAUCCUUUUGUAUCGAGGCGAUGCAGCCAUCAGUAAGCAGCCUUGUUGCCCUGGAUGCUGGGCGAACCUCCCCUGCCUUGCAGGGAUCGCAGUCUGCCGUCAUGCAAAAUGUGAUGUGAAUGAGUGAGAGAGGGAAAGGAGCCCAAACUAAUUCAGCUUUCACCCCACCAUGGCGGCUAUCAAUCAAACCAGCGUAUGGCUUGCCUCCUUCCAUCUGCUGGGCAUGGCAGGCCCGGAGCACCUGCACCCCUGGCUCUCCAUCCCAUUCUGCCUGAUGUACGUCGCGGUGCUCCUUGGCAACUUCAUCCUCUUGUUUGUCAUUGUGACGGAGCGAAGCCUCCACGGGCCAAUGUACCUCUUCCUGGCCAUGUUAGCGGUGGCAGAUCUCGUAUUAUCCUCCUCCGCAGUGCCCAAAGCCCUGAGCAUGUUCUGGUCCCUUUCCAAGGAGAUGUCUUUCCACGCCUGCCUUACCCAGAUGUUCUUCAUACACGUGAGCUUCAUUGCAGAGUCGACCAUUCUGCUGGCCAUGGCAUUUGACCGGUACGUGGCCAUCUGCAACCCGCUGCGAUAUGCCACGGUAUUCACGCACAUGGUGGUAGCCAAGAUAGGGCUGGCUGCAAUCGCCAGGAGCUUCUGUGUGAUGUUCCCAACAAUAUUCCUCCUUCAGAGGUUGCCGUACUGCAGACACAGCGCCAUGCCGCACACCUACUGCGAGCACAUGGGCCUCGCCCGGCUGGCCUGUGCCGACAUCUCCGUUAACGUCUGGUACGGCUUUGCCACCACCCUCCUGUCCCCAGGCGUGGACGUUGUGCUCAUCGGGGUAUCGUAUGUCCUCAUUCUCCGGGCUGUCUUCAGGCUCUCGUCCAAGGACGCCCAGCUCAAGGCAGUUGGCACCUGCAGCUCUCAUGCCUGCGUUAUAUUGAUGUUCUACACGCUAGCGUUUUUCUCAUUUUUCACUCAUCGGUUUGGCCACAACGUCCCCCACCAUGUUCACAUCCUGUUGGCCAAUCUCUAUGUGCUCCUGCCACCCAUGCUAAACCCCAUUGUCUACACUAUGAAAAACAAAGUAAUUCGAGGAAAGGUGUCCCAAGUACUCUUCAGGACUGGGCAAGUGCGGUGACAGGGAUGCUAUUCCUUCGAAAGGAAAGCACGGAGAAAUGGUCUGGACCAAAGCAGCAGAGUGUACGCAUGUGAUAUAACCCAUUUUCCUACCUUUUUUAGACUCAGCCCAACAUCACUGCUGAUCAGAUUUCCUG